GGUGACACAACUGUCAUUGUGAAAUUAGUUGCCAUAGAUGGCCACUGAUGGAUCAAUCUACAGGGUGUGUGUAAUCAGAUUGAUUAAUCAGUGCCCAUCUAUGGAAAGGCAGAUGGUGGUUAUAAGUAAGUAGAUUUUGUAGCCAUCUCUAACAGAUGGUUCAACUGUCAAAAGAAUAGACAUGGCAGACUACAUCAAUUCACAAGUAACUGGAGAGAGGAGUAUUUUGGAGAAGAGAGAAAAUGUCCAUUCAGGAGGGUCAAAAGUCUACAGGGUUGUCGGUGUCAGCUUCGGUCUGCUCUGCAUCAUUCAGUCUGCUCUCAAUAUUUCUCUUUGGCUCCAUCGAAUUGGAUGUAACGACCAGAUCGGAGAUUUUGAGAUGUUGAAGGACCAGCUCGUCCAACAACAAGAUCAGAUAAUGAAGCUUCAAACUGAAAGAGAGAGCCUGAAAAUGAGGCUUUGUGAAAUGGCAGAACAAAAACCCCAAGGCUGUCCGCAGGGAUGGAGGCUAUACAUGUCCAGCUGUUACUAUGUUUCUACUGUGACAAAGACCUGGCAGAAUGCCCAGUUCGACUGUGAGGCGAGAGGAGCUCACCUCGUGGUUUUAAAUGAUACAAAGGAAGAGGAUGCUGUCCGUGGUUUUGGAAGUCAAGUCGCGUGGAUCGGCUUGAGGGCUCAACGAAAUGUUCGGUUGGAUUCGUGGACGUGGGUGGACGGAAGCAAAGUGACUAAUACUGACAGGAUUCGGCAGCCAGUUGAUCAGCGUUUGAACUGCACCUAUACCGGCACUAUGAAGUGGGUCCUUUCCGACUGCAAUGAACAACACUACUGGGAUGGUCAAAAGUCUACAUGGCUGUCGGAGUCAGUGUGGGCCUGCUGUGCAUCAUGCAGUUCACUCUCAAUGUUUUAUUUCGACUUCAAGCCGUUGGGUGUUCUGUCGGGUCCUACAACGUCUCCACUGGCAACGCCACCAUGAUGUCAGAUAGUGACAUCAGAGUCCUGAUUUUAGAGAGAGACCAACUGGUUCGAGAGAGAGACCAACUGGUUCGAGAGAGAGACCAACUGCUUCGAAAGACAGACCAACUGGAUCGAGAGAAAGACAAACUGGUUCGAGAGAGAGAUCAAUGUGAUCAAGAGAGACAACGAUGUGUUCCAAAGGCGGACUUUGGCU